AUGUGCUUUGGUGCGACUUGCCCAACAUGCUUUUGUGAGAUAUUAAUUGAAGCCUAUAUAGCGAAGAAGUCGUGGCGUGGGUGCGGCAAUCACGUUCAACAAGUCUUCGACGGAGUGCCACAGGCUGAAUGGUGUACUUGUACUCCCAAAACCAAGAUCGGCAGCAAGGAAUAUCCUCCUGCGGCUCCCAUGCAGAUUCCGGGCCUGAGUUGGAUUUCUGGCAUCCUUGGGGGAGGUAAUCAUCAGAAACCUGGCGGUGAUAAGAAACCGGAGCUAUGA